AUGAUCACCCCUGCUAUGGUGCAGUAUGUGUCCAAAGUCGUUCCGGACGCCCUAUGGGAAGAAGCUGAUUGGUGGGGAUUUGACUCGUCCUUUGGUGGAUUGCAAUUGAAGAUCAACGGAACCUGGACGAAUAUUGGCCCUGGAGGGAAGUUUUACCAGUCCGAUAUAGAUUCUGGUAGGGUCCGAUAUAUGGCUUUAUCGCCCAGCUCUCGCUGGACAAACUGCAAUUACUAUAUCAGAGAUGGGACACCGUACGAAUUCAUUGGGGGUCUCUCAGUUGAGUUCAACUUCCCACCUACGGUAUCCCCGAUCACAACUGCAAGCACAUCCGCAAACGUUGCCGUUCAACUGCAAUCCGUGAAUCUCAAUGCGGCUGACACAGAUGAUGAUGCAACUCGCUUGGUGUACUCAAUUCAAGCCUACUCGAACGCCGGUACUCUGACAAAGAUGGCCACCCCGGGCAGCGUCCCAAAGGUCCUCCCGGUUAAUAGCACGUUCACAGUCGAUGAUGUCCGCAAUGGAAUGAUAUGGUACCAGCCGAUCGCGACGAAUGGAACUGCUGAGGUCAAUCUGACCGUUGCAGAUUCCCAGCCAGGUUACAUCCCAACUAUCUUGCGCAUAACCAUUCUUCCUAUGACGUGGACUAACCAAACCUACACGACUACCUGGCUACAAGGAGCGGCGUGGAGAACCGUGGCACCUGCUCAUAUCAUGAAUCCGGCUCCGACGAUGGCUGUUGAUUCGGUAAUUUAUACGAUCGUUUCCAUUACAGAUGGCAUGUUUCUACGAGUACUUGAUACAUCGGGAUGGAAGAAUGUUGGAGUUGGAGGAAACUUUUCAUUAGCGCAGGUGGCAUAUAAUCAAGUACAAGUCAAUACAUCGGCCACCUUCACCGGAACAGCAACCUUGAAUUACACCGCGACUGCACCGGGAGCCAGCAGCGCAUUUGGUAGCUACAGUGUCUAUGUCAACUAUCCACCCAUCAUCACGACCAAGAGCGGCGUGGUAGUCCCACAAAACAGCAAGCCUCUUGACAUGAAGACCAUAUUGGGGGGAACUGAUGUCGAGAAUAAUGCCUGGGGUUUGCAAUUUACGGUUACUCAGUGGCCAGGAAAUGGCGCUGGACUGUACAGGUACAUCACGUACCUAGGCCCUGCAAACUAUUACAAUGGUCCAUAUUACUUUGUUUCAUUCAGUCAAAAUGACUUGAACUCUGGAUACGUCCAACUAAGAUUCAAUCCUUCCUCGUACGGGAUGACUACUUUUGCCUUUACGCUGUCGGAUGGCUCGUACUCUGUGCCAAGCGGUCCAGUAUCCGUAUAUCAAUUUCCAGCGCCGGUAAUUAAGAGCAUUUCUCCAACCGUCGCGCAAAACGGGUCGCUGGUUAUUUCUGACUCGUCGCUAAUGGCCACGAGCGUUGAACCAAGUGUUACACCCAGUUCGCUGCUAUUUACUAUUAUCGCCCCGGCGUUUCCUGGAAAUCUGACGAAUGCAUCGUCGCUAGACCAGCAAAUGCUGACUAAUUUCACAGCGUUGGAUAUCAGUAACAGACAGCUGCAAUAUACUCCCCCGACAGGGUGGAACGGAACGGCUGUUAUUUCCUUUACUGUAUCGGACGGAGUUAACCUCCUCUCUUCAAAAUUCUCGAUAAUUGUGAACUCGCUCCCUUGGAUAUCGGUUAACAUAACUGCAUUUUGUCCACGUAACGGCAGUGUGCCUCUUCGCGGAUUAUUACAAUACUCUGAUAUUAACAACCUUCCCACAUCAAUUGUUUACUCGCUGUCGUCGGGACCCCUGCUUGACUUUGGUUGUGUGCAAGCCAGGACGUCUGCUACAGCGCCAUGGUCCUGUGCCACGACGUGGACUCAAGAUGAUAUUGAUAAAGGAAACGUGCAGUACAUGGUGUCGAGUACGAAUCUUGGAAGUGAGAGGAUAGCCUUCUCGGUCUCGGAUCCCUACAACAUUCUACCAGCCGUACAAUAUUACAACGUCACUAUUAUUCCUGCUUGGCCGGUUUUGGUUUCCAAUCGAGUUGUGUUAAGCGCUGCGGUCAAUGGAAUGCCGACUGUCACAUUUCCAAUUCAGACUGAACACCUUCAGUACACAUGUGCCGAUACUCCUCCGGACCAGAUGAAGUAUACAUUGCUGAAAAACACAAAUGUAUCAAUGGCGUAUCAGCUGGAACUCUUUAAUGGUACCAACUGGACGGUCCUGCCGGUUCCUGGUGGUACGUGGUUCCAGAGCGACAUUGAUAGUGGUAACUUACGAGUUACGGCGACGGCAAGUAAAGCGGGUACGGAGGUUGUUCAGCUGAUCGUCCAGAGCAGUGCAACGACUUCGAACGGAACCUUGCGGAUACAGUACCAUUACAUGCCUGUCAUUGUUUCUCAGACUACCAUGUGGACUUACUGGUGGAAUUCCAAGAGCAUUGGAUCUACCAAUCUGAAGGCACUGGCUCCUGAUCAGCCUGAUGCAACAAAGAUUGUGUACAAGAUUACGAGAGGACCUCUGCGUGGAACACUCUCAUCCUCUCAAUUCUCUCAAGAUGACAUCAACAGGAACCUUGUAACUUAUCGGCAUACGGGAUGGGUGAAUCAGGAGAUUGCCAAAAGUGACGACUUUGGUUUUUUGGUUUACGAUGCGGUUGGACUUCCGUCGGCUGGGAAUGCCACGGUUUUACUGGUCAAUCAGCUUCCUGUAAAGGGUGCCGCAACGACUCUCUUUGCCUAUCCCACAAGCGGGAAUAGGACAGUCACCACCAAUAUGUUGACAUGGACGGAUGUGGAUGGGCCGAACCAACUGACAUUUGUACUUUUAAGUAAUCUCACCUUUGGGUCCCUCAUGGUUAAAGGUCGACGGCUCAGCGUCGGGGACAUGUGGAAUGCAUCAAAUAUUGGUGUCGAUCUGAUGAUGGUAGAUAUGCCUUUAACAAGUUUGACCAAUAUGAGCGUCAGUUUUGAUUACAACGUGACAGAUGGAAUCAACGUUGUGCAAGACCGCUUCAAUGUGAACUUCGUCCCGCCGCCACAGUAUAGGGGUGCCCUCAGCCCACUUUGUGAUGCAGAUAGUUAUUCGAGACGAAGGUGCAACAUCUUGUCGACCUUCAACGUUUGGACAACACUACCAGCGUCAUCCAUUAUUUGGACGUUCCCAAAGAUUAACAGCGCAGAAUGCUAUUCCAACUGGUUGACGCUGGACUACAGCUAUGGCUAUAUUUGGCCGACAUCAAACGUUGGCGGUCCGUAUUCGUUCUCCCUGCAGGAUAUGAGCACCGGAUUUGCUGUCGACUGCAUUUAUGGUGUGCCUGGUUGGCUCCGCUUCACUGCUACCUUUACCGACGGGCUGAAUCCUCCUGUUUCUCAAAUGAUUACCAUACAAUGGAACUAUAUGCCUCGACUACAAACCAACGUUGCUCUGCAACUGGCCGUUUUGGCUCAACCGACGGUAGUCAACAUUACAUCGGGCUAUUUGAACUGGCAAGAUUCGGACAAUGCAACCACACAGUUGAUGUAUACACUCUCUUCCGAGCCGGCUAAAGCUCGUCUUAGCCUGUUGGUGAAUGGGACUGUUACAAAUCUCUCAUCUGGAUCCCGGUGGACUCAGGAUGAUAUCAACAGCAAUCGCUUGGUUUUUAAUACCAACUACACAGACCGUGCAGGAGCAAGGGACGCUUUCACGUAUAAUUUUACGGAUGGAAUAUGGAAUUUUACGGAACAAACGGUCUCCAUCGUAUACGAAGACGCACCAAGAAUGACUGCAAACCAAACCAUGUUCAUUGAUUGGACGGGUCGUACCACGUCUCAACGAGUCGUGGUCCCAAAGUCGUCUCUCGAAUGGGUAUCCAACUUUGAGGCACCAAGUUCCUUAAUGUACACGAUUCUGUCGAGUCCACAGAUUGGAUCCUUACAGCUAUGGGUAGAUUAUUAUACAAGGGUACCACUCUACAAUGCGACAUACUGCACCUGCAGCCCUUCGCAAACACCGUGCCCGCCGGUGCAACCUUGCCAAUACACCUUUACGCAGAAUGAUAUUGCGAAUAGCAAUCUAGAGUUUUAUGCAACGGCAUCCUCCAAUCUCUCUUCUAAUUGCUUCAGGUAUAAUAUAUCAACUGGGGGAUUUCGAACGGAAGCAGAUCAAUGGUUCUGCACAUUCGUAUAUACACCGCCAAAAAUCAGCAAAACUUUGCCUGUGAUUGCUUGGGGAUCUUCCAUUACGCUGAAUGCAUCCUGGUUUUCGGUGACAACAGCAGAGCCCAUAUUGGCGCCGUGGAAUCUGACGUAUACUGUGUUAUCGUUACCGACCGUGGAUAACGAUGGUAAUCUCCAAGUAACAUCUGGAGUACAAAACCAGUCCACUGUAACGAUUGGGUCUACCUGGACACAAAAGGCAGUUGCUGAUGGAAUGCUUGUUUUUACCCAUGCGCCAACGAGCACGAAUGCGACAGUAUCUCCGAAAUACACUUUUGGUACGAACCUCUGGGACGGUCUAACGAAUUCAAGUCUCUCUUUAGAGGUGCUAGUAGCAGUACCCCCACGUUUGAACUCAAACUUUAUCAUCGUCUUACCCAAGGGUGGAUCGAAAUGGAUCUACGUCACGAGUUUACCAGUUCUUUCGGACCGAUUAUUGACCUACUCGAUUAUAUCGAUUCCUGUGGAUAUGACUGUCUCUUUUUAUGAUUCGUAUUGGUGGACGAUAACGACUGUAUCAGCUGGAUUUACGUUUGUAGCGGGGAGCGGGAAUCAAGUCAAAAUCGCGGCAAGGCAAAACAUCACGGGAGGAGAUUACAAUAUUACAAUGGUCGCAACGGACGGGGCGAAUCCUCCCAUAAACUUUAACGUCCCGGUGCAUAUUCAUUUACCGCUACAGUGGUUGGGUACCAGGGUCUUGCUCGUACCGCAGAACGGGGGAGCGUUUUUGAAUACUGGAAUUAUCAGCGCUGUUCAGCCUGAUGUUGACAUUUUGACGAAAAACUAUGGAACGUCAUCGAUCAGCUACUCGGCUGUCAAUUAUGCCUCCAUCACGAAAUUUGGAGGACUGUAUGAUGCCUAUAAUUAUCCGUGGAAUAGCUGGUCCUGGCGUGCAGAUGAUAUGCAGGCCAAAGAUGUGCGAUUUAAUGCUGCCAAAGGUGUCGUCGGGAAAACACAGCUCAAUGUCUCUUGUUAUGACGGUUGGCAAACGGUAUAUACCGCUCUGGACGUUUACAUUGUCGCCAAGCCAACCGUUACCGUCCAACCACUUACGACGGUGAUUGACAGUCCCGCCAAAACUUUAGCGUCCAACUUGAAUGUCACCAUCGACAAUUUCAUGGCUGCACAAAACCUUUCUUAUACUGUGAAUUUGACCGUCAUUAGUGGUCCAUCACUUGGAAGUCUUUGGUUAAACGUCCAAUCUCCACUCACGGCAUCAACGUCGGGAUUAUCAGGCAGCGUUGGAGGGGUCUCGACCUCGGGCACUGUCGUAGGAACAGUGUCAUCAUCCGUCCUUGUUGGCACGAGUACACCAGCAAGUUCUCUGGAAGCGACGAAUUCUAGCACCUCGGGCACUGUUGUAGGAGCAGCAGCGUCAUCGUCCGUCCCUCUUGGCACGGUUACACCAACAACUUCUCUGGGAGCAACGAAUUCCAUCACCUCAGCCUCUACAUCCGCUAUAGCAAUAAAUGUAUCUACCACCGAGUCGAAUAGCACGACAGGAACAAACCCAAAUAACGCACCAUCGACCACAACAGCAACAACCAUGCAAGUAUCGAGUACCACUACAAGUGCAAGUUUAAACGAAACCCCAACGGCAACGUCAACAUUAUCCCCCACCACCACAACAUCCAGCAUAAUGGUGCAAGCAGGCUCAGUCAUAUCUGUCAACGACCUCAUGCUCGGUCGGUUGGUGUACCUUGCAGGACGAACAGCGGGUACAACCAAUAUCAUAGUACAGGUAUCCGAUGGUGUUUCGGCAGAUUACAACACGACGCUCCCUAUUUAUGUGGAAGGAUACCCCAUAUCUGUUGGGACCGGACGAGUUUUACUGGCACCCAAAGCACUUGCGUCGAAUUACACGACCACGAUCGAUGCGAUGCAGUUACGAUACCAGACCAUAACACCAGGUUUAAAAAUAAUGUAUGCACUUGAGGAUGUUGCGGCGCCGGUGAACGUCUCCCUUGUUCUCAUGGCGAAUGGAAAGAAAGUUGACAUCGGGACUGGAUUUGGGCAGUCUGAUGUAGAUGCCGGAAAGGUUUCUAUACAAUGGAAUGGGAAUAUUUCUGCUUCCCAGAACGCUACGAUUGGGUUGAUUGUUUCCAAUGGGGUUUUGAAUGGUACAAUGAGCCUAUUGGUGCAGUUUAAUGCCUCUCUUAUUCCGUUCCCGGUGUUUUCGACAACAAAGUCGAGUAGUGUCUCUAUUGCUACAUCGUCAUUGUCGUCUGCUCGGUCGUCUGUUAGUAAUUCGUCUGUGAGUGUGGUACCUACGGGGACGGUGAGCAAUAUAUCGUCAACUGUCACGUCUGGGUAUUCUAGCUCGCUCACGAAUAGUACGUCGAUAGUUUUGUCAAGCACAUCUUCGUCAUCAACAUCAAAAUCAUCGUCAUCAUCGUCAUCAUCAAUUGCGAGUUCCACGUUGCUUUCAUCAAGCUCUUCUCUUUUGUCAUCCGAGACGUCUUUGACUACGACAUCUUUGCAAUCAUCUGCAUCCCCGUCAUCUCUACAAUCAUCUGCAUCCCCUUCAACUGUACAAUCAUCAACACCCGCAUCAUCAAGCACUGACGAGUCAAUUAGUGUACCUCCAUCAUCCUCACAGCAAUCAUCAUCACCACCUUCCGUACCCGUUAGUCGGACAUUAUCAUCGUCUUUGGAAACUGGGGUAGAGUCGUCAUCUGGGUUGGCAAGUAGUUUGUCGGGAUCGGAUGUGGUGAGCCGUACUUCUGAGGGUUUUAUUACGGGUGGGACCUCUGUGGGAGUUACCUCGACGGGAGGUACCUCAACUCGAGGUACACCCACUGAUGGGCCCAUCAAAAUGACAUCAAAUCCGGAUUUGAUUGCAACGAGUUCAAUGACGGGUAACGAGAUGACUACCUCAACGGAUACCAUAAGUGGUACACCACAACCCGCGGACCCCGCUCCAAAUCUCACAGAUCCAAACACGACGAACAAAGCCUUCCUUUCACCCACAGCAACCAAAGCCAUCAUCGGAAGCGCAGCAGGCGUCGUCGCCAUCAUAGCAGGAGCAGGUCUCGUAUUUUGGUACCGCAGACCCCCUCAACGAGAAUUCGAACGACGUCGAACGAUGGCUGUGGCGGGUCCUUCUGCCAUGAAUUUAAUGCAAUCGCAGCAGAGUAUGGUUUCUGUGGGUAAGAGUGCUUCUGUGGUAGCUCUGGAUACGAAGAGUGCUUCUGUGGUUGCGUUGGAUAAGGGGGGAGGUGGGAUGGGUGGGUCGAGUAGUCAACUUUUGGGUUCAUGA